AUGUCCCUGGGGAUCAAGCAAGCGUGGCGAGCCCGGCCGCUGUCGAUCCGCGACGCUGGGAACCCGCUGAUUCCCAGGGGUUCUCCGGGUUGUGGUCGCGGGCCGUGGCUCCCGUGGGUGCGACGACGCCUCGCAUCGGGGCUUGCUGCUGCUUCUGCUGCUUCCGCUGCCGCCCCCGAUGCGGGAAAGCUCGGUGAUGCUCGACGUUCAGCCCUGUCGCCGCGUCGGGCCCCCGAGAUGGACGCGGCGCCGCCCAUGCGCAUCGCUCCAGCGCUCCAGCCCGAGUCGAUGCACGAUGCCAUGAAGAGGCAGUUUCUCGACACGCUGCUGUACGACGUCGAGGAGGACGCCCAGGCGAUCGAGGCCGCCGUCACGACCGGCUCCGUCAUGGACAAGGGGAGCGUCGUCUACGCCUCCGUCCGUGAGACGAACGCCAGCCGCCAGCGCCAGCACCGGGCCCUGUGGCAGCAGCUGCGGCUCGACGAGAUCCGGAAGGGCAAGGGCAAGGACACGGCCGACUGGCGCAAGGUGCUCACCAUUCUGUCGAACAGGGCGCCCAAGGUCGCCCGCACGCUGUCCCAGGCCAGCCGCACGCUCGUCGUCACGCGGCAGGUGGCUGAUCGGUUGCUGUACGGGACUGACCAGACCAUCUGGGAUAUUGCCGAGAGGACGGACUGCCGGCUCGACAUGGACGAGUCGUCGGCCAGCGCAUCCCUGCGGCCCCCUGGCAAACGCAUCGUUUUGAUGGGCUUCGAUCACGCCGUCGAGGCGGCCAAGGCCGAGAUUGCCUAUAUUGCCGGACAGCCGCUGCCGGCGACGAGCUCGACAUCCAUCCAGAAGAACGGGUCCAGAAAGAGCAAGCCGCGUCGUUGGACCAGCACAAAACCGCUGGAGAAACCUGGCUUCACUCCCGAGUGGACUAUACUCUAUAAAUUUGAAGACUAUCCCCGUCCGUUAUACUGGACGCCGGAAACCUUUGAGGCCUACGUCACGGCUCUCGUGAGGGCAAAGAUGCCGCCCUACAAGGCUACUGAGCUGUACGGAUCUGGCAUGAAGGCACGCGAGGCGGUGCUUCACCUCAUCAUGGACGUUUUCCAGUCACGGGAAACCCGAUCAUCUCUCUCGACGAGUGCCUUCAAGACGGUGCUCAAGUGGAUGGGCAGCCAUGGCGUGGUGUUCCGGCCGCAGGUGCGCGAGCUGUUUGUGCGGAUGGAGGCAGCGUCGUUGCCCAUGGACGUCGAGGUCUUCAACACAUUACUGACGGGCAACAUGAGGCUCGACGACCUCCGCAAUUUUGGGAGCAUCGUCUCCCUCAUGGCCCGUCGCGGCUACGUGCCCACGCUCAAGACGUGGUCGCUGUUCCUGGCCAUCGUCAAGAACAACGAGGUCGAGCAGCACGUACUCCGCGCCAUGAACGAGCGCGGGCUGCUCGACGACCCCCGCGCCAGCCGCAUGAUCGCAACGCGGUUCAUCAUGCACGAUCUGCAGCAGGCCCGGGGCAACUGGAGCGGCCUGUCGGCCUUUAUCGACUCGCAGAACCAAAAAUACGGCUUCGGCUGGAUCACGACGGCGUCCUUCAACAAUAUGCUCAACGAGCUCGGCCGGCAGGGCAAGCUGGCCUCCGACGACGACCUCGCCCACCUCCCCGCCAACACGGGCUCCCGCAUAGCGCACCUCUACCGCAAACGCUACUCCCGCGCCAGCGACUGGCACCCCGCCCGGCCCCUUCACGUCCUCUUCGCCGAGGCCCUGGAAGCCGACCGCGACCUUGAGCGCCGCCGCGCCGCGGACCCCGUCGACGAACACGCACCCCGGCGCAUCAAGGAACAGGGCCUCCCGUUGCCCCUCGUCGCGCGGCGGCCGGCCGACGCGUCCGAGACCCGCGACGACGGAGCAAGAGAAGCCUCGACCUCCUCUGCGCCGCUGUCGACAGCAGCCGAGACGCCGGCCGCCGAUAGCCAACUGUACAUGACCAUUUUCCGGCGCACCCUGAGUGCGGCGCAGAGACGGGCGAAGAAAAAGAAGAUGAAGACUACGAAUACAGACACGGGGGAGAUGGGGACGGCGACCGCCUGA